AUGGAUGAAAACGCAAAGAUCCGUAAGAACGUCAAGCUAUACUAUCAUUACCUAAUUACUAACUUCCCUAAGCUCUUACUUGUCCCUUUGAUAUCAGUUUUGCUCAUGAACAUCUCCCGGUUAAGCCUAAACCAGCUCUCGCUCCAUCUCCACUACAAUCUCCUCGCAUUCAUCUUCCUCGUCACCGUUCUCGGAACCACUCUCUUCUUCAUGUCCCGACCAAGAUCAGUUUACCUUCUUGACUACUCCUGCUACCUCCCACCAUCAACUCUCAAAUUAGACCACCAAAAGUUCAUGAAACAUUCCAUAAUAACGGGGACUUUCAACGAAUCAUCUCUCGAGUUUCAAAGCAAGAUCCUGAAACGAUCCGGUCUCGGCGACCAGACAUACCUACCGGAGGCCGUCCACUCCAUCCCUCCGCGUCCCACUAUGGCCGCGGCGCGUGAGGAAGCGGAGCAGGUGAUCUUCAGUACACUAGACAGUCUCUUCGAGAACACCAAAGUCAACCUUAAGGAGAUAAGUGUUCUUGUAGUGAACUGCAGUUUGUUUAACCCUACACCUUCUUUAUCGUCCAUGAUUGUGAACAAGUAUAAGCUUAGAGAGAACGUGAAGAGCUUUAACUUAGGAGGAAUGGGUUGUAGUGCUGGCGUCAUAGCUAUUGAUCUAGCUAAUGACAUGUUAAAGAUUUAUAGAAACACUUUUGCUCUUGUGGUUAGCACGGAGAACAUAACUCAGAACUGGUACUUUGGUAAUAAGAAAGCGAUGUUGAUACCUAACUGCUUGUUUAGGCUUGGUGGGUCCGCGGUUCUGCUCUCUAACAAGAGUUGCGAUCGUAAACGGUCCAAGUAUAAGCUUGUUCACACGGUUAGGACUCAUAAAGGAUCUGAUGAGAAAGCAUUUAACUGCGUGUAUCAAGAACAAGACGAGGCUUUGAAAACAGGUGUGUCCUUGUCUAAAGACCUAAUGGCUAUAGCUGGAGAAGCUCUUAAGACGAAUAUCACCACUUUAGGUCCUCUUGUUCUCCCCAUGAGCGAGCAGAUUCUAUUUUUCGCAACUUUUGUUGCUAAUAAACUGUUCAAAGCCAAGAAGAAGAUGAGGCCUUACGUACCGGAUUUCAAGCUUGCGUUUGAUCAUUUCUGUAUACAUGCUGGAGGUCGAGCUGUGAUAGACGAGCUGGAGAAGAGUUUAAGGCUUUUGCCAAAGCAUGUGGAAGCGUCGAGAAUGACGUUGCAUAGAUUUGGUAACACUUCAUCGAGUUCUAUAUGGUAUGAGUUGGCUUAUACGGAAGCCAAAGGAAGAAUGAAGAAAGGGAACCGGGUUUGGCAGAUUGCUUUUGGGAGUGGGUUUAAGUGUAACAGCGCAGUUUGGGUGGCUCUUCGUGAUGUCGAGCCAUCGGUUAACAAUUCCUGGGAGCAUUGCAUCCAUAGAUAUCCCGUUAAGGUCGAUCUCUGA